UUUUUUUACUGUAGAUACUGAUUGACUUAAACAUCAUGGUAACACAUUGACAGUUCACGUUAUACGUCAUCUCUUCGUGUAUAAAAACCUGAAGUCUUUCCAGUUAUUGCGGACUGAAUGUUCAGUUUCAAGACUACUCUACCAAAAAGAAGUAAGCUAAACAUGAAAGCAGUCAUUGUUGUGUUAGUAUUGGUCACUCUUGUCAGCGUCCAUUGUCUACACGACUACGAUGAUGACGACGAUGAUGAGUACGAGGAUGAGUACGGGGAUGACGACGAUGAUGACGACGAUGAUGAUGACGACGAUGAUGAUGAUGACGACGAUGAUGAUGAUGACGACGAUGAUGACGACGAUGAUGACGACGAUGAUGACGACGAUGAUGAUGAUGACGACGAUGAUGACGACGAUGAUGAUGAAGAUGAGGACGAAGAUGAUGACGACGAUGAUGAUGAAGAUGAGGACGAAGAUGAUGACGACGAUGAUGAUGAAGAUGAGGACGAAGAUGAUGACGACGAUGAUGAUGAAGAUGAGGACGAAGAUGAUGACGAAGAUGAUGACGACGAUGACAACGAUGAUCCAGAUAAGAAGAAAGAUUGUCGAUACAACUACAAGUGGUAUGAGGAAGGAGAGGAGGUACCUAACACACACCGAUGCUUCACCUGUAAGUGUGGGGAGAACAAGACGAAAUGUGCUAUAAAGAGGUGUGUUAAUAAUGAUUAAUGACAAACCAACGGAAUAGAACAAGUUGUCAACUUACGGAAUUUAUAGGAAGAAAAAAAAGAAGUAAAAAAAAAGAAAUAAACGUAAAAUCUUA